AUGGCCGCGGCGGGGCCGGGGGUCGCCGGGGGGGUGGCGGCCAUCGCCGUGCUCUGGGUGACAGCCGUGGGGGCAGCCACGGGGCGCUGGUGCGAGCGGACGGUGCCGGUGCCGGAGCAGGAGGAGGUGACGCCGCGGCGCGAGGCCGCGGUGCCGUGUCCCAGUUUGUACCAGUACAGCCUGGCCGGGUGGCGCCUGGACCGGGACCGCACGCGCCGGGAGCGCGGGAAUUCCCCCGGGGACACCGGCCCCGCCCUCUGCUACAUCUACCGCCCCCCGGAGAUGCAGCCGGUGGUCCGGAACCGCACGGAGCGUGCCUGCUGUCCCGGCUGGAGCGGCGCCCGCUGCACCGAGGGCCCCGGCUCCCUGGGCCGCUGCUUCAGCGGGUGGCAGUGCCAGGACAGCGCCGGCGGCCGCAACGGCAGCGCCAUGAGCCGCGCCGAGUGCUGCCAGCACCCCUGGGGACACAGCUGGCGCCGCGGGGACACCGAGGGGCCCUGCCUGCCCUGCACCCGCCUGCCCCUGGGCGGGGACGGGGGCUCCCCGCGCCACCGCAGCCCCCCGGCCGCGUGCCAGGCCUGGGCCGGGUCGCGCUUCCGCACCUUCGACGGGCGGCACUUCGGCCUGGCGGGGCACUGCCGGUACAGCCUGGCCGCGGCCACCGACGGCUCCUGGGACGUCACCAUCGGCCUGGGGCACCCCCGGGUGCUGCACAUGACCUUCGGGACGGACACGGUGGUGGCCCAGGGACGGAACGUGUCGGUGAACGGGGCAGCAGUGCCGGAGGGACACCCCUACCUGCACAAAGGGCUCGGUGUCACCUGGCCGGGUGACUGGGUGGCCGUGGCCAGCAGCCUGGGCGUGCGGGUGGCCUGGGACGGGGAGCUGGCAGUGACAGUGACAGCGGAGCCCGAGCUGCGCGGUGCCACCUGGGGGCUCUGUGGCACCUACACCGACGACCCCGCAGAUGACUUCCUGCUCCCCGACGGGGACAUCGCCACCAUCGCCGCCGCCUUUGGCAACGCCUGGAAGGUGCCGGCGGCCGGCACGGAGCCCCCGUGCAGGGACGUGCCCGAGGGUGGCAGCAGGUGCGGCCCCGGCGAGGUGGCGGCGGCGGUGGCCACGUGCGGGCGGCUGCUGGCCCAGCCCUUCCGGCAGUGCCACGGCGAGGUCAGCGGCACCGGGGGGCCGGGGGGCUCGGGGUGUCCCGGGGUGGACCCCAGCGGGUUCUAUGCAGCGUGUGUGGCACUGCUGUGCGGGGACGGGGACCCCCUGUCACCCCCUGAUCCCCUGUCACCCCCCGAUCCCCUGUCACCCCCUGAUCCCCUGCCACCCCCCGGCCCCCUGUCACCCCCCGGUCCCCUGUCACCCCCUGAUCCCCUGUCACCCCCUGAUCCCCUGUCACCCCCCGAUCCCCUGCCACCCCCUGAUCCCCUGUCACCCCCCGGUCCCCUGUCACCCCCCGGCCCCCUGUCACCCCCUAAUCCCCUGCUACCCCCUGAUCCCCUGCCAUCCCCUGAUCCCCUGCCAUCCCCUGAUCCCCUGUCACCCCCCGGUCCCCUGUCACCCCCCGGUCCCCCGCCCCCCGCCGCCUGCGCCACCUUCGCCGCCUACGCCCGGGAGUGCUCCCGCCGCCAGGUCGAUGUCCCCUGGCGCCAUCCCGGUUUCUGCGAGCGCCGCUGCCACGCGGGGCAGCGCUUCUCCGACUGCGUGUCGCUGUGCCCGGCCACCUGUGUCACCGCGGGCAGCGCCGAGCAGGGGACCUGCCACCGCCACUGCCACAGCGGCUGCGAGUGCGGCCCGGGGCUGGCCCGCGACGGGGCGCGCUGCGUCCCCCCGGCCGCCUGCCCCUGCCACCACCGGCGACAGCGCUACGAGCCCGGCCAGAGCAUCCGCCAGCGCUGCAACCGCUGCACGUGCGAGGGCGGCCGCUGGCGCUGUGACCAGCAGCGCUGCCCGGCCGAGUGCGCGGUGCUGGGGGGACGUCACUUUGUCACCUUCGACCGCCGCCGCUUCUCCCUGCCGGCCGCCUGCGCCCACACCCUGGUGGAGGACUUCGUGGCGGGGCGGCUGCUGAUCACAGCCGAGCACGAGCCGUGUGACAGCCCCCGGCCGCUGGGCUGUCCCCGCAGCCUCACCGUCACCACCAGCCGCACCACGGCCCGGCUGCACGGCACAGGGGAGGUGACAGUGGCCGGCCGGGAGGUGACGCUGCCCUUCUCCGGGGCCGAGCUGAGCAUCCGCCGCGCGUCCUCGGCCUUCCUGCACCUGCAGCUGCCCGACGCCCACCUGCUCUGGGGCCUGGGGACCCCCGACACCUUCGUCACCCUCCAGCCCGCCAUGGCCGGCACGGUGCGGGGACUCUGCGGGACCUUCAACGGGGACCAGCGCGACGACUUCACGACGCCGGAGGGGGACGUGGAGCCGGGAGCCGCCGCCUUCGCCAACGCCUUCCGGGCGGCCGGAGCGUGCCCGGCGCUGGGCCCCGGCGUUCCCGACCCCUGCGAGGGCUUUCCCGGGAGCCGGGAGCGCGCCGAGGCCGCCUGCGCCGUGCUGAUGGGCCCGGCCUUCCAGCCGUGUCACCGAGUGGUGGAUCCCGAGCCCUUCCUGGAGCUGUGCCGCUGGGACGUGUGCUCCUGCCGGGAGAGGCAGCGGGAGCGCUGCCCGUGCCCCGCGCUGGGCGCCUACGGCCGGGAGUGCGCCCGGGAGGGGACGGAGCUGGAGUGGAGGAACCGGAGCCUCUGCGAGGAGCCGUGUCCAGGGGGGCAGCAGUACCAGGACUGCGGGGGUCCCUGCGGCCGCUCCUGCCCGGAGCCCCCCGGAGCCAGUGGCUGUCCCCCCCCGGCCACCCUGUGCGUCCCCGGCUGCCGCUGCCCCCCGGGGCUGCUGCUGGCCCCGGGGGGGCAGUGUGUGCCCCCCGCCGCCUGCCCGUGCCCCCGCGGCGCCCGCCUGUACCCGCCCGGCGCCCGCAUCCGCCGCGGCUGCCAGGCCUGUGUGUGCGCAGGGGGGUCGUGGCGCUGCGCCCCCGCGCCGUGUCCCCCCGGGCCGCGCUGUCCCCCGGGGCUGCUGCACGCCCCCGGCUCCUGCCUGCGCCGCUGCGACCCCGCCGAGCCCGCCGGCACCUGCGGCGGCCCCGCCGACGGCUGCGUGUGCCCCCCCGGGACCCUCUUCCUGGGCGGGCGCUGCGUGCCGCCGGACGAGUGUCCCUGUCACCACGGCGGGCAGCUGUACCCGCCCAACGCCACCAUCGCCCGCGACUGCAACACCUGCGUGUGCCGGGGCCAGCGGUGGCACUGCGGGCGCGAGGAGUGCGCGGGGACCUGCGUGGCCACGGGGGACCCGCACUAUGUCACCUUCGACGGCCGCGCCUUCACCUUCGCGGGGGACUGCGAGUACCUGCUGGCGCGCGAGGCCACCGGGCUCUUCGCUGUCACCGCCGAGAAUGUCCCCUGCGGCGCCAGCGGCGUCACCUGCACCAAGUCCGUGGUGGUGGCCAUGGGGAACACCGUGGUGCACAUGCUGCGGGGGCGAGAGGUGACAGUGAACGGGGUGGCCGUGCGACCCCCCAAGGUGUUCGGGGGCUCGGGGCUGGCGCUGCAGCGCGCGGGGCUCUUCCUGCUGCUCCUCACCCGCCUGGGGCUGGCCGUGCUCUGGGACGGAGGGACCCGCGUGUACGUGCGCGUGUCCCCGCGGCUGCGCGGCCGCCUGGCCGGGCUCUGCGGCAACUUCGACGGCGACGCCGAGAACGAUUUCGGGAGCCGGGACGGGGCCCUCGAGGCGACCCCCGAGAUCUUCGGGGACUCCUGGCGCCUCAGCCCGCUCUGCCCCGAGGCCGACGGCCACCGCCCGCACCCCUGCGAGGACAGCCCCCAGCGCUCGGCCUGGGCGCGGGCUCGCUGCGGGGUCCUGCGGCACGGGCUCUUCGCCCCCUGCCACGAGCUGGUGCCCCCCCAGCGCUUCUACGAGUGGUGCGUGUUCGACGCCUGCGGGUGUGACAGCGGCGGGGACUGCGAGUGCCUGUGCACGGCCCUGGCCGCCUACGCCGAGGAGUGCGGCCGGCGGGGGAGACCCCUGCGCUGGCGGAGCCAGGGGCUGUGCCCCCUGCAGUGCGAGGGGGGGCAGGAGUACAGCCCCUGCGGGCCCCCCUGCCCCCCCACCUGCCGCGACCUCGGCCGGGACCCCCCCGAGCUGUGCGGGGCCCUGGGGUGCCUCGAGGGCUGCUUCUGCCCCCCCGGGCGGCUCCUGCACGACGGGCUGUGCGUGGAGCCCCCCCGCUGCCCCUGCUUUUGGGACGGCUUCGCCUUCCCCGCCGGGAGCUCCGUGACCCAGGGCUGCACACGUGCCUGGGGGGGGCGCUGGCAGUGCCCCCCGAGCCCCGGCCCGUGCCCCGCCGCCCCCGGCUGCGCCCCGUGGGAGUUCCGCUGCCGGGGCGGGGGUCUCUGCGUGCCGGGGGCCUGGCUCUGCGACAACGAGGACGACUGCGGCGACGGCUCGGACGAGCUGUGCGACCCCCCCUGCGCCCCCCAGCAGCCGCGCUGCCCCGGCGGGCGCUGCCUGCCCUGGGGGGCGCGCUGCGACGGCGUCACCCACUGCCCCGACGGCUGGGACGAGGCGGGGUGUCCGGCCCGGGCCUGCGCGCCCCCCGAGUUCGCCUGUGCCGGGGGUCGCUGCCUGCCCCCCGCGCGGCUCUGCGACGGCCGGCUCGACUGUCCCCCCGGGGACGACUCGGACGAGGCGGGCUGCGCCCCCCGCUGCGGCCCGGGGCAGUUCCGGUGCGGGGGGGGCCGCUGUGUCCCCUACCCGCACCGCUGCGACGGCCGCGACGACUGCGGGGACGGCAGCGACGAGAGCGGCUGCGCCUGCCCCGAGGGACACCUGCCGUGCCCCGGGGGGGGCUGCCAGCCCCCCGCCGCCAUCUGCGACGGCCGCCGCCACUGCCCCGACGGCGCCGACGAGGCCAAUUGUCCGGCGCGGGCCACCUGCGCCCCCGGCACCGUGCCGUGCCCCGACGGCUCCUGCGUGCCCGAGGUGGCCGUGUGCGACGGCGCUCGCGACUGUCGCGACGGCUGGGACGAGAGUCCGGCGGGGUGCGCGGUGGCGCUGCCCCCCGCGCCGCUGUCACCUGCCACCGCUGCCACCGCCGCUGCCACCGCUGCCACCGCCACUGCCACCGCUGCCACCGCCACUGCCACCGCCGCUGCCACUGCUGUCACCGGCAUUGUCGCCGACGCUGUCACCGCUGUCACCGCCGACACUGCCAUGGCGGUCACCAGCGCCAUCGGCCCUGUCGGCAGCGCUGUCACUGUCAGUGACACCGCCGCUGUCCCCGCUACUGUCACCGCCGCCGCCCCGGCAGCGCCGUGUCCGCCCCGCUCCCUGCGCUGCGACAGCGGCGGCUGCGUCCCGCGGGGGUGGCGCUGCGACGGCGACAGCGACUGUCCCGACGGCAGCGACGAGGGAGGCUGCGACCCCCCGUGCGCCCCCGGCCACCUGCCCUGCGGCCCCGCCUGCGUCCCCCCGGGCCGCCUGUGCGACGGCGUCCCCGACUGUCGCGACAGCGCCGACGAGAGCCCCCGGCUGUGCGAGUUCGACUGCGGGGACGGGGAGUGUGUCACCUUCCACCAGGUGUGUGACGGGCGGCGGGACUGCGGCUCGGCCGGGGACGAGCGCGGCUGCGGCCUCUGGGGGCCCUGGGGGCCCUGGGGGUCGUGCAGCCGCCCCUGCGGGCCCGGGGGGCAGCGCCGCGCCCGGGGGUGUCACCAGCGGCACCCGGGGCUGCUGCGGGGCUGCCGCGGGCCGCGCCAGCAGGAGAGGCCGUGCUUCCACCGGGCCUGCCCGGGUCAGCGGGGUCCCGCGGACUGGGGGGGCCGGGGGUGGACGGCGCGUGGGGGCCCGUGGGGAGCCUGGUCCGAGUGCCCGGGGGGCUGCGGGGGGGUCCGGCUGCGCAGCAGGGGCUGCCAGCCCCCCCAGAACGGCGGCCGCGCCUGCGAGGAGCUGCGCGGGGGGGGGCCCCGGAGCCCUGGAGAUGGGUGGGUGCCGGGGGGGGGCCCGGGGGGGUGUGGGGCCCCCUGUGCCCCGGGGGGCUGCCCCAACGCCUCGGAGUGCGCCGAGGGGCUGCGCCCCCUCCCCUGCGCCCCCUGCCCCGCCUCCUGCGCCGACCUGGCCGCCGCCGUCACCUGCCCGCGACCCCCGCCCUGCCGCCCAGGGUGCUGGUGCCCGGCGGGGCGGGUGCUGGAGGCGGGCCCCGCGCGGUGCGUGCGGCCGCGGCAGUGCCCGUGCGGGGCCGGGGGCCGCCGCUACCCGCCGGGAGCGCCGGUGCCGCUCGGCUGCCGCCUCUGCACCUGCCUGGAGGGGGCAGCUGCGCCACUGCCGCCCCCACCCCGGCUGCUCAGGUGGGUCCCGCCGCGGUCUCCGGCUCCCCUGUCCCCGCGGUUGGACUGCGGGUGGUCCUCGUGGUCGCCGUGGGGGCCGUGCGGGGGCGGCUGCGGGGCCCCGGGCGUGCAGUGGUCCUUCCGCAGCCCCUCGAACCCGGCGCGCCGCGGGGCCGGCCGCCACUGCCGCGGCAUCUACCGCAGGGCGCGGAGGUGCCGCACGGCGCCGUGCCCGCGCUGCCGGCAGCGGGGCCGCUGGCGCGCCCCCGGCGAGCGCUGGCGGGGGGGGCCGUGCCAGCUGUGCCAGUGCCUGCCCGGCGGGGCCGUGCGCUGCGUCCCCUUCUGUCCCCUCCGCGAGGCCGGCUGUCCCCAGGGCCAGGCGCUGCGGGAGGGGCGCGGCGGCUCCUGCUGCUCCUGCGGCCCCGCGGGUGACAACGCCACGGCCACCCCGCCCGGGAUGACGACGGCGCUGUCCCCCCCCGGCAGCCCCGGGUAUGAGGGGCGCGGGGCAGCGCCGGGGUCUGGGGGUCCCCAAAGCCCGCGGGGGGGGGCACUGGGGGCGCCCCCACUGCCCCCCUCCCUCACCGCGCCCCCUCCAGCCCCACGGCCGGGCCCGAGGGACCCCGAGGCGCCCGGACCCCCCCGGAGCCCCCCGGAACCGCGACCCCCCCCCGAGGACACCCCGAGCCCCCCCGGGGUCUCCGCGACCCCCCACGAGCCGGAGCUGUCCCCCCUGGCUCCCACGGGGGUCUCCGCGACCCCCCCAGGCUGCGCCCCCCCGCCCUGGGGGGGGUGGGGGUCCUGCAGCCGCUCCUGCGGGGUGGGGGUCGCCCUGCGCCGCCGGAGGGAGACCCCGCCCGAGGGGGGCUGCGCCCACCCCCCCCGAACCGACACCCGCGUCUGCUUCCUGCGAGCCUGCCCAGUGGCGGGCGGGUGGGCGCCCUGGGGGUCCUGGAGCGCCUGCGAGGCCCCGUGCGGGGGGGGGCAGCAGAGCCGCCGCCGCAGCUGCAGCGAUCCCCCCCCAAAAAACGAGGGGCGGCCGUGCGAGGGAGGGGCCCUGCAGAGCCGGCCCUGCAACCUGCGGCCUUGCGGGGACCCCCCAGGCUGCCGGUGCCCGCCCGGGCUGGUGCUGCAGGGGAGCGCCUGCAUCGAGCCCAGCGCCUGCGGGGUCCCCGCGGGGGUGAUGGGGGUCCCCGGCAGUCGGGGGCCCCCCCGAACCCUGCGGGUGGUCGCGCUGGACCCCCUGGACCCGCUGUCUCCCACCAACCCCGCGGCCGCGGCGGGCGGUGCCCCCUGCACCGGGCCCCCCCGGGAGGUCCGGGGCUGUCCCGAGCUCUGCGGACCCGAGCCCGGCGGCGCGGCGCCACCUGGGGCCACCGAGGCGCCCUGGCCCCGGGGGUCCCCACGGCCACCGGGGGGCACAGAGAGCGCGGAGUCCCCGGGGUCACCGUGGGCGCUGGAGCCCGCGUGGGGCACGGAGCUGCCCUGGGAGCCGGGGUCCCUGGAGCCGGCGUGGGGCACGGAGACCCCCGAGCCCCCCGAGCCCUCGGAGUCCCCGGAGACCCCCGAGCCCCCGGGGUCCCCAGAGUCCCCGGAAUCCCCGGAGCCCCCAGAGACCCCCGAGCCCCCGGAGCUCCCGGAGCUCCCGGAGCCCCCGGAGUUCCCCGAGCCCCUGGAGUCCCCGGAGCCCCCGGAGCCCCCCGAGCCCCCGGAGUCCCCGGAGCCCCCGGAGCCCCCUGGAGCCCCCCGAGCCCUCGGAGUCCCCGGAGUCGCCGGUGGCCGCCCGUGGCCGGUGGUCGCCGUGGGGGCCCUGGGGCGGCUGCAGCGCUCCGUGCGGGGGGGGCGAGCGCUGGCGCCGCCGGGGCUGCGGGACCCCCCCCGUGCCCGGGGCCGGCGCUGCAGAGCCAGAGCUGCCACAGCCACGUGUGCCGCGUCGCUGAGCGUUUUUUCGGGGGGUGCAGAGGCCGGGUGCCCCCCGGGCCGGACCUUCCGGGAGUGCGGGGGGGGCUCGGGGUGUCCCCGGAGCUGCGCCCACCUUGGGGGGGCCGUGGGGUGCGCGGGGGGGUGCCAGGAGGGCUGUCACUGCCCCCCCGGCACCUUCCUGCACCGCCGCACCUGCCUGCAGCUCGUGCUUGUGGGGCCGCCUGCGCUGCGGCCCCCCCGGGGACCCCCCCUGCAACGGGACCCCCGCGGCCACCCCGAGCUGCCCGAGCCCCCCCUGCGCCGGGCCCUGACAGACCCUCCCCGCAGGGGCCGAGGCGGAGGCCGGGGGGUCCCCGGCGGUCCCGGUGGUCCGUGGGGGCCGUGGGGGCCGUGGGGGCCGUGGGGGCCCUGCAGCCGCACCUGCACCGGGCCCGAGCGCCCCGCGAGCCGGAGCCGCCGCCGGGGCUGCGCGGGGGGAAACUGCGGGGCGGGGGGCAGCAGCGAGCGGCGGCCCUGCAACCUGCCCCACUGCCAGGCCUGCCCCACUGCCAGGCCCCCCCCCUGCGUGACGCCCCCCUGCCCGUGCCGGUGGAGCCCCUGGGGGCGCUGGGGGUCGUGCUCGCGGCCCUGCGGGGGGGGGCAGCAGCGGCGGCUCCGCGCCUUCGCCCCCCCCGGGCCCGGGGAGCCCUGGUGCCCCCAGAUCCUGGGGGGGCACGAGCAGCGCCGGCCGUGCGGGGUGACGGCGUGUCGGGUGAACGGCGCGUGGUCCCCGUGGGGUCCCUGGUCGCGCUGUGACGUCACGUGCGGGGGGGGCCGCUCCGUGCGGAGCCGCUCCUGCUCCCGACCCCCCCCCAAAAACGGGGGCAGCCCCUGCCCGGGGGGGGGGCACGAGCUGCGCGUCUGCAACCCCCGGCCCUGCGGCCCGCGGUGCCCCCCCGGGCAGGCCGUGUCCCCCUGCGCCACGCGGUGCCCGCGGAGCUGCCGGGACCUGCAGGAGGGGGCGUCCUGCGCGGGGGGGGCCCCCUGCCAGCCCGGCUGCCGCUGCCCCCCCGGGACCCUGGAGCAGGACGGGGGCUGCGUGCCCCCCGCCCGCUGCGCCUGCCUGGACGCGGGGGGGCACCUCUGGGUGCCGGGGGGGGGCGGCCACCCCCGGGGCUGCCGCAACUGCACCUGCGCGGGGGGGCGGCUGCGCUGCGUGCCCGGGGGGUGUCCGCCCCCCACGUGCGCCUGGAGCCGCUGGAGCCAGUGGGGACCCUGCAGCGUCACCUGCGGGGGGGGGCGGCAGGAGCGGUACAGGACUCCCGUGCCCCCCGAGGGCGGGGGGGGCACCCUGCGGGCCCCCCCAGGAGCAGGCUCGGGGCUGCGAGGAGGCGCCGUGCCCCCCCCCUGUGCCCCUGGGCGGGGGGCGAGCGGGCCCUGGGCGAGCGCUGGAGCCCCGGCCCGUGCCGGCAGUGAGCCGUGCGUCUGGAGCCCCUGGGGGCCGUGGGGGCCCUGCGGAGACCCCUGCGCGGGGGGGGUCCGCCUGCGCCACCGGCACCCCUGAGCCCCGAGCCCCCCGGGCGGGCGUGCGCGGGGGGUCCGCACGCAGAGCGAGAGCUGCAGCUCCAGCGCCUGCCCGGUAACCCCCGCGCUGCCCCCCCCGAGCCCCCCGAACCGCCGCGACCCCCCCGGGGUGCUCAGGGCUCGCCCGUGCGCCGGGCGCUGCCCCCGGAGCUGCGCGGACACCUGGGCGCCGGUGCAGUGUCUGCAGGGGCCCUGCGAGCCAGGCUGCCGCUGCCCCCCCGGGCAGCUGCUGCAGGACGGGGCGUGCGUGCCCCUGAGCCGCUGCCGCUGCGCCACCCCCGGCGGGGACAGCGGGGACAGCGGGGACAGCGGGGACAGCGGGGUGGCCCCGGGGACACGGACCCGCGUCGGGUGCCACGAGUGCUGCCGUGUCCCUCCCCGGGGCCCGCGACACCCGCCGUCCCCACGGGCCCCUGGUCCUCCUUGCCCUCCCUGUCCCCCGUGUCCCCCCUGUCCCCUGCGUCCUCCGUGUCCCCCCCGUCCCCCUCGCCCCCUGUCCCCGCCCCGUUCCCCGUCUCUCCCGAGCCCGCCGUGUCCCCCGCCGUGUCCCCCGCCGUGUCCCCCGCCGUGUCCCCCUGGUCCCCCCUGGUCGCGCUGCUCCCGCAGCUGCGGCGGCGGCACCCGGCGGCGGCAGCGGCAGUGCCGGGAGGGCCCCGGGCCGGGGCCGCGCUGCGGGGAGAGCCCCGAGGAGGAGACGGCGGCGUGUAACGCCCAGGCGUGCCCCGCGCCGUUCCCGGUGGCCCCAAGCUGCCCCCCGGGCGAGGUGUGGCUGGACCCCGGCCCCGCCUGCGAGCGCAGCUGCCGGGACCUGGCGGAGCCCCCCCGGGACCUGCGGGGGGACCCCCGCGACCCCCGCGACCCUCGGAACCUCCGGGACCCCCGGGACCCUCGGAACCUCCGGGACCCCCGGGACUCCGGGCAGCUCCAGCUCCCCCGGGAUCCCCGCGGCCCCCACGACCCCCGGGACCCCCGGGCCGCCCCCGCGCUGCGCCUGCGCCCCGGGCCGGUACCGGAACGGCUCCGGGCACUGCGUGAGCGCGGCGGGCUGCGGCUGCCGGCACGGCGGGGCGCUGCGAGCGGCCGGCAGCGAGUGGCAGGAGCCGUGCGGGACCUGUCGCUGCUCCGAGGGACGCGUCACCUGCGCCACCUCCUGCCCCCGCACUCACCUGCCCCGAGGGCGCGGAGCCGGUGCGGGAGCCCGGGAGCUGCUGCCCCGUGUGCCGGGACGAGUGGCCAGAGGAGCCCCCCGGGCCGUGCCGGCUCCUCACGGCGCUGCGGACCAUCGCCAAGGGCGCGUGUGUGCUGCGGGGGCGUCCGUGUGUCCUACUGCGCCGGGGCGUGCCGCUCCCGCACCGCCGUCAGCGCGCAGGAGCCGUUCGUGCGGUCGCUGUGCGAGUGCUGCAGUUACCGGCUGGACCCGGCCCGGCCCGUGCGGGCCCUGCUCCUGCCGUGCCCGCGGGGCCGCCCCCGGCCCGCGCUGCUGCCCCGCAUCGCCCGCUGCCGCUGCGAGCCCUGCCGGGGUGCGGGGCUGCGGGAUCCCGCCGGGGCUCCGGGGGGCUGCGGGAUCCUGCCGGGGGUCCUGAGGGGUUUGCCCCGCCGCCACACGAGGGCGCCCCACAGAGAGGCGGGCGGGCGGGUCCGGCCCGUCCGGUACUCGGGGACACCGCGGGAUGGACACUCCGGGGACACUCGGGGGACACUCGGGGGUCAUUCCGGGGUCGGACACUCCGGGCUCCCCCGGGGCUCCCCCGCCGAUGGCGGCCGCGCUCCCGCCCCGUCACGGAAAAGGCGCCGGCGCCGCGUGAUGACGCAGCCGAGAGGCCAAUAG